UCUCUGCAUUGCCUUGGGCAAAUAAUGUAAAUUUCACCAUUCCCAAUAGAGGCCAACAAUUCUUCAAAGUACUGUAGUUGAAAGUGGAUUCUUACACGUUAGUCGUUAUUUUCAUGUUUCAUAUGUGUUCUUUGUCAUUUAUUAAAAGCUACGCAUAUUAUUUUUUCCAUUGAGGGGAAAAUUCUCCUUCCCCGGGAAUUUUAGCUCACUUUACCUGAAUUCAAUCAAACCACCCUACUUCCUUUCCCAUGAUGCCUCACUCCUUCCCCUAAAACUCCUUUUCCUGGAAAAGGCAAUGAAUAGCCUGAAGCCACUCAGUAAAAUGCAAGGAGUUGGAGUGCAAAUCCUAAAACAGUGAUCACCACGUCCCGCCUCUUGUGACCCUGUGAGCGCAAGGGCUGACAGGUGUCUUAGUCUUAUUCCUCCACUGCAUUCCGGAGGCCAUAAAGGAGACUACAACUCCCAGGAUGCCCCUCUGCCCCGCCCCACGCCCCUUCCUCCAGCUAGAAAGCGUGUACCAUGGUGAAGACGAGGCAACAUGGCUCCUGGAGGUGGAUGGAAGAGUCUUCACCCUUUCUGAAUAGGUGAAGAGCGGCCGGAGAGAAGGAGAAAUGACUAGAACCGUCAUCGAUUUUAUUCUCCCAGCCUCUCCAGAGUACGGUCUGCCUCACGCCUCCUCUCCUCCCAAAUCAAGUUUGUGAUCCCCUCCCUACACCGCCCCGCCCUCAUUCCCUCGCUCCCUCACCCCUCCCCUCGAGAGUCCUUUUCCCGCCCCCCUCGCCCCCCGUGGAGUGCGCACGCGCCCGCCCCCUGCUUCGCGCCCAGAUCGCCGCCUAGCUUGCUUGCGCAGCCGCUGUCUCAUCUAUACACCGACGAAGCAUGGGUGUCCAGGGCUUCCAAGAGUUCCUGGAGAAGCGCUGUCCCGGUGCCGUGGUGCCCGUGGACCUCCUUAAACUCGCGCGCACUGUCUCGCGCCAGCAGCAGCAACAGCACCUGCAUCGCCAGCUGCCACCGACAGCAACCCUAGCGCCUGGGGCUCCACGCGCCGCCAGGGGCUCCGCGCCUCUGCAACCGCCUCUCCGGCCCGCUGCCUUGGGUGCCUAUUCCGGGGGCGCGGGGCCGACUCGCCAUCAUCACCCUGCUCACCACUUCCACCACCACGGCCAGGCGCAGCCCAGGCUGCACUCGUCGCCCCCUCCGCCGCCGGGGGCCCGGGUGCUGGUGCAUGCAGGCUCUGCGCUGCCGCGGCUGUAUGGCGGCUACCAGACGGAUUGGGUGUGUGGCGGCCAAUGGAACGCCAUGCUGGGCUACUUGUCAGCGCUGUGCCAGGCUUGUGCCUAUCCCGGCGGCGACGGCCUGGAGCUCGUGGUCAUGUUCCCUGGGGGCCUGGGCAAGGACCGGCUGGCCGAGUGGGGCCGUCGGUGCCAGGCUGAGCGGCAGACAGCACAACUGAUCGUGGGACACGUGGGCAACAAGGGCACCCCUCCACCACGGGCCUGGUUCCUGCCACCGGCCUGCCUGAGCCACUGCGUGAGGCUAGCACUCAUCCGCUUCCGGGUCAAGGUCUUUCAGAGCCUUGAAGACCACCAUUUGGAAGUGGUGGCUUUUUUCAGGGAAAAUGGCUUCCAUGGCCUUCUUGCUCAUGACUCCGAGUAUGCUCUGUACAAUAUUCCCUUUUACUAUAGUUCCCAUGCUCUGAAGCUGAGCUGGAAUGGGAAGAACCUCACUACCAACCAGUUCCUGAUGCAGGAGGUGGCCAAGCAACUGGGCCUGAAGCGAAUGAGUUUUCCCAUAUUUGCUGCACUGCUAGGUAACCACAUUCUCCCAGAUGAGGACCUGGCUGCUUUUCACUGGAGCCUCUUGGGACCAGAACAUCCUCUUGCAUCACUUAAGGUCCGGGCUCAUCAGCUGGUUCUUCCUCCCUGUGACGUGGUGAUCAAGGCUGUUUCCGAGUACGUUAGUUCCAUCAAAGACCCCUCAAACCUGGAUGUGGUUGGGAAGGAUGUUUUCAAACAGUCUCAGUCCAGGACAGAAGAUAAAAUAAAGCGAUUCAAGAAAGCAGUUGAGUACUAUUCAGUCACAACCAAACUCUCUUCGCUGCCAGUGGGUCCCUCCUUUCUAGGUUUUCAGAAUAAUAGGCUUGGAAAUCCUCCCCUUCCACGACAUCAAAUGGGCACCAUUUCUGCUGGCAAGCCAGUGUUUGCUCACCAAGUACCCCAGAAAAUGAAAUAUCCACCACCAUUCCCAAUGGGACCCAACUCAUCUUUUCUCUUCUCCCCCCAUGCUUUGGGGGAAUCCCAUGCUUUUUCUGAGGAUUCCAUGCUGCAAGACAGCCCCUUUGCCAACUGGGCUGUCUCUUAUGACUCCUCUGCAUCCCAGUUUCCCAAUUACCUGACUUCUAAAGCUUCACCUCCUUUGGGACCAGACUCUUCCCACUCCUCUUCCUCUGAUGGUGAUGAACCAAAUGGAGCUAGCUCUGAUCAUACCACAGAAGCACUUAAGCAGCAGCCUGAAUGGGAAGAUCCCAAUGGUGACAGGGGUUCUUGGGUACAACCGGUUGAUACUGGAGUUUCAGAAGCCAGCCUAGGUGAUGCUGAGCCCCACAUCCCAUCUCUGCUGUCUAUGUCUACGAGGAACCACAUGGACAUCACCAUUCCACCCUUACCUCCGGUAGCUCCAGAAGUCUUACGGGUUGCCGAACACAGACACCGGAGGGGUCUUAUGUACCCAUAUAUCUAUCAUGUCCUCACUAAGGGUGAAAUUAAGAUCCCUGUAUGUAUUGAGGAUGAGUGUAACAUGGAGCUGCCUCCAGCUGCUCUCUUGUUCCGGUCAGCUCGUCAAUAUGUAUAUGGAGUCCUUUUUAGUCUGGCAGAGACACAGCGGAAAAUGGAACGCCUGGCCAUACGGAGGCGGCUGCCUGUAGAAGUUCCUUCAGUGAUCCUUAAAGAGUGGUCUGCCUAUAAAGGGAAGUCACCUCAAACCCCUGAGCUGGUGUCUGCACUGACAUUUCGAGAAUGGACUUGCCCAAACCUCAAGAAGCUCUGGCUAGGCAAAGCAGUUGAGGACAAGAACAGAAGGAUGCGGGCCUUCCUGGCCUGUAUGAAGUCAGACACACCCAGUAUGCUCAAUCCAGCCAAUGUCCCCACCCAUCUGCUGCUCAUGUGCUGUGUACUACGGUAUAUGGUUCAGUGGCCAGGUGGCCGAAUCCUGCAUCGCCAUGAGCUAGACACCUUCCUUGCACAGGCAGUGUCUACCCAGCUUUACGAACCAGAUCAACUCCAAGAACUCAAGAUUGAGAAACUGGAUGCCCGAGGGAUCCAGCUUGCUGCCCUCUUCAUGAGUGGAGUCGACACAGCCCUGUUCGCUAAUGAUGCCUGUGGCCAACCAGUCCCUUGGGAGCACUGCUGCCCCUGGAUUUACUUCGAUGGCAAGCUGUUCCAGAGCAAGCUAAUUAAAGCAGGCCAAGAGCGAGUAUCCCUGAUUGAGCUCUGUGAUGGCCAGGCUGACCUGGCAACCAAAGUGGAAAAGAUGAGACAGAGUAUCCUUGAAGGAGUCAACAUGAAUCAUCCACCGCCUUCUGCUCUACUUCCAUCACCUACUUUUGUGCCUCCCAUGGUGCCCUCUAUCUACCCUGUUUCACUUUAUUCCCGAGCCAUGGGCUCUAUGCCACCUCCUCCUCAAGGAAGGAGCCGGGGCUUUGCAGGUCUCCAUCCAAUCCCACCUCAAGGAGGAAAACUAGAGAUUGCUGGGAUGGUUGUGGGCCAGUGGGCAGGCAGCAGAUCCUCUAGGGGCCGAGGAUCAUUUGGCAUGCAAGUGGUUUCUGUCGGUGGGCCAGGAAAGGGGCAUGGAAAAGAACAGACUAGUAGAGGAUCCAAAGGACACAAAAAAGGAAUUAAACAAAGCUUUUCAGAUGGAGUCUCUAAAUCCCUGGAGCAUCAUCAAAGUCGAUCUCACUCACAGGCAAACGGAAACAAUGGCACAUUGAUCAAGGAAGAGAAGAGUGAUCAUCAUCUUCCAGUCCCAUCACAGUGUGGCUUAUCCAAAGACAGCAACGUGUGUAAUAAUGGUAACCGCUACCUCCCUGUGAAGAAUGGGGAGAAGAACCGCUUACAGGAGCAAAAGCUAGAAACUGUGGCACAACAGAAAGAGGAAUGACAUGCUGAAGAUGGCUUCACCAGAUCAGGAAGAUGGGAAAACCUGUACUUUUCUGAUUCUAGGCCCAAGUUAGAGGAGAAUAUAAAUGCUUACCCUAGAUUUAUCCAGUAUUUGGAUGGGAUAUCUUACUGUAUCCAUCUUUUCCCCUUCCCUAUCUUUUUCUGGGCUUCCAGACUUAGUGGUCUGCUUAUGGGGAAGUUCUGGUCAAAGAUCAAUGGCAAUAAGACUAGCUCCUAUUCUCAAAUUCAAUAUAUAGCACCAAUAUUCUCUUUAUCUCCCCUGGGAGCCUAGUAAGGAAGUAACUGUCAGAAAUUGGAUGUCAUCACGUAAGGUCUUAUAGAAAAGUUCCAGCUUUGGUUAUCUGAGCAUUUAGCACCAUAUUCAUUUGCAUAUUUACGUGAUGAACCUAUAGGGUUGUGGGGACAGCUGUCUAUGGCUUCCUGACUUGUUUUUUUUCUCUAUGAAGUGGUAAGGCCAUGAUAUAUCAUCAGUAUCCACCUCCUCCUCACUCUUUCUCCCAGCCCACCUACCCCAGGAUUUUGUACCACCACCUCUAGCUCUGGCCUGACAAUCAGAUAGGUAGAUGUUUUCAGGAAAAUAAGAUAGUAUUGGUUGUUUUAUUUUAUUUUAUUUUUUGUUUAAUACACUUAAGAAACUACCAAUGGCCUUUGUACUGGGGGAUUAAAGUGAGUCAGAAAAGUAUUGGGCAGAUUUUUCCUGCCUCUCAACCAGUCAUUGUUUGUAAAAUAGAAGAUGUGGUGCGGUUCACCUACUCCUUACUGCCCACACCCUGAAAGGGUUGGAAUCAAUGUAGUGAAAUUGAGUACAAAAGGGACUCAAAAGACUCUGUGUGUGUAUGUAUAUGUGUGUGUUUAUGGGUGUGUGCGUGGGUGUAUAUAUGAAUGCGUGAAUCUCUCUAUAUGCAUACACAUACCCUUUAUAUAAAGAGACAGAUCUAUUUAUCUAUACAUAUUUUAUAUAUAUAUGUGUGUGUGUGUGUACAUAUAUAUAUGUAUAUGUACACACAUACAUAAAUACAUGGUGAUGUCCCAGAUGAUGUACUGAAUUUCCCAUAAAUGCUUCCACUGCUAUGGAGUGGUGGGUUUCAAAAGACCACACUUUAAAUCUGAAAUCCUUACUAAAUCACAGCCCAUUACAAUUAUAAGUAGAUGGGCUACUCUAAAUCAGACAAAAAGUACUUUCCAGAGAUUGCCUGUUCAGAAUAACAAACACUUAAGUUAAGCUUAAUCUUGAACAGAACCCUCACAUCCCAUAUGGUGAAAACAGGAGGUUGAACUGGGAUUGGGAAGAGUUGGGUAUUUCCUUAUGAAGGUUUGGAGAGAAAAGUGGGGAUGGGAGGUGACUACCAUUUGAAAGGGCUUUCAGCCAGUUUGGAGGAAAUCUCUUCUGGAACUCCAGGGUCAAAUUGAUUUCAGGAUAGAACUGAUUGACAUGAAUCCUUGAAAGGGAGAGGACUAGAAUUGGAAAGAUGGGUUAGGGAAGUGUGAGGAAAUUGACAAUUUGAUUUUACGUGCCUAGAUUGUUUCAUUUGUUCAUUGACAUUCUGACUACCGGAUCUUUUCAUUUGCUUUGCAAGGAAGACUUCAGAGGACUCCGGCCUGGGCCUUUGAGACCUAUUCUGUAAAAGACUCUCAGCCUUGUUUAUGGCCGUUAUCUGCCCAGGAUAAAAAGGCUGUUCCUCCUUGCUGGAGUUAAUCUUGAGACAACCUUGUAUUUCCAGUUUCCCUCCUUGGGCAGCCUAAGUAUGAGGGAUGGAAACAUGGCUUGCAACAAAUUAGCAUGGUGUCUUCAUUCAGGAAUUGAAGUUUCUAGCCCCACACACCUCUUUUUGGGCUUUGUGAUAUUCUUGUCCAAGAAGUACCAUUUCUCCUGGAAUACAACUGACUGAACUUCUAGCAGGGUUCUCUCUUUUUGAAAAACCCCAUGCACCUUAAUCCACUGCAGGUCCUUGGUGAUUUUUGCCCAGACAACCAGAAGGCUGUUUGCUCACUGGCCACUUAUAAUGACCUUAUCAUGGGAAAUUAAAACCAGUCUCAGACUAUUUAAGCCUAGUCUGGCCCAGUUUAAUAGAACCCACAAUUUACAAGGAAAGGGAACCCUGGAAUGCCUUGCUCCCUGUCUAGAUACUUCUUACAUAAACCAAAGGUUGACAAGAAUGUAUAUCUAGAUAGAUACAAACAAAAACAGGGUAUACAGAACCUUCCUGUUUGGAAUCAGCUCCCCUGAUUUAGUCCCCCUUCUCUUGGACCCACCCAACCUUUCAUAACAUCUUGAAGGUUAGGAUUCUAUAUCCAGUAAGGGAGAGAAUUAGUAGUAAAUUUACAUGGCUUGGAAUUUUCUUUCUGGAGCCACAGAGGGAUGAAUUCUUUGGAGCUCUAAAAGUAACCAGAAUCACUGAGCUGCUAGAUAUAUAUAUAUAUCCAUUUUCUGGUAUUUUUUUUCAGUUGCUGUUUCUGUGCAUCUUUAUCUGACACAAUCAGAUGACAGUAUUGUUAACUCUCACAGCAUUAAGAAGAUUUCUUAUUUUGUAGGCAUGUACUGUGAGAAGUAAAAUUGCUGCUUUGACAAGGAUGAUUCCAGUUUACUAAAGGUGGAUGAUUCCAUCUUGAUUUUCUCCCUUCUACACACCUUUACUUCCCCCUAGCCUGGCCUAGGGUGAAACAAGUGUUCACUUCCAAUCUUGAUUUUUAUUUGGAUUCAGCAUUUUGGGUUUUGAAAGUUACAAGAAAGAACUAUAAAUGGCUAUAUUCCUAGAUUUUAAUCUAUCUGACAGAAUAUACAACUUAAAAGCCAGAAAAAAUUAGGGUUCAUUACCGGGAGAUGAACUUUUUCUAGUUGUAAGACAAAUUGGUGAAGGUGGGGUCUGAUCUUUAUUGUGUCACUUGAAGAGACUGUCAUCCUUUACUUGAGGUUCCCUUUCUGACAGUGAUGUGGCCUCUCUUGAACAAAGUCAUAUGGGAGCCCCCAGAAAUGACCCCUUUACUGUGUAGGGCCACAAGCAAAAAAACCCUGGUUGUGUAUAGCCACUGAUGCCCAAGGACUCACAGUUCUUGAUUUCUGCUGGUGUGUCUUGGAGUUAUUACUCUUUACCCUUUUUCAGUGGCCAGUCUGGUCUGGACCAGGCCUGAAAAACUUAUGCUCACUUGUAUCAUUUUCAUUCUGAGCCAGUAGGACUUUGAGUAGACUUAAAAGCCCAAGAAGUGGUACUUGCUUUGGCUAGUGACAUUUGAUUUUUGUCUCCAUCUUGAUUUACUGACAUUUUUGGCCAAGUCACACUAACCUUGUUUGAUCAUUAAGAAAAACAGCCCACAAGAUAUUAGGGAGGGUAGUUAAGGUGGAAGGUGGGGGGCAGGAAUGCUUAUGUAGGGUAGAAAGAAUAUGGGGGUACCUGUUUGGUUAUGGUGAUUCAGUCCUUUGGAACCUUAGAAAGCUCCUGUAGGCAUGUAAAUGCUACCAUUUCUGCUUCUAAGAUCCCCCCCACCUUUGAAAUGACAAUACAAAUAGACCACAGUUUAAAGUACUUAGUAUAAUUCUACUAAGGUUUAAUCAUUAUACUUGUUCACUGCCUGGUACAUAUUUGCUAAAUAUGCUUGGCGUUUGGGGUUGGGGUGUGAGUUUUCACUGUUCCAUUGUGUGUCACCCUGUAUUUUUCUCCCUCCUGUGACUUUGGCAUCUUCUUUGACUUUCUAUUUUCUUUUCCUUUGGCUUAUUGCAAUAGUCUGCUGGUGCAAGUAGAGAACUCAGUGUGCCUAUUCCCCUAUUACUGCUAAUUAUCUUCAAUAUUGUCAGAGGUUUUCUUUAUGUUCUAAGAAAAUAAUGCAAUUUUUUUACAAAAUCAUCUUUUCCAAGUUAAAAACAAAAUAAAAUAUCCCCUGUGAUAGGGUGCCCAUUUCAGCUUUUGACAUUGCCCAUUAUAGAUGCUUUUUUGUCUAUGUUGGUAGUAACUAAUGACUAGUGAAUUUUCAUGUAAAUGAAGCAAAUUAAAUAUUUCAGAUUUUAUUAAUCUCUUAUAACCCUGCCAAAUCUGAUGACUUUUUAUUUUAAUUACUUCCCAGAAGGCACUUCCCCUCCUACCUUUUAUUCUAUUCUGUUCUAUUUUUAGAAUAACACACUAGAUAAAGAAACUUUAAGUGCAAGGAAUCAGUGAUUUUUAGUGCUCCCUGAUAAUGUUGACAACAAAAGUAAGAAAUUCUUUAAUUGUUUUUUCCUGUGUUACUAUCUUCUCUCCUGUGCUCUUGAUAGUGUGUUUAGCAGAUGGAUAAUAUGUAUUUCUCUUUUCCACUCCCAGAUUCCAAAUACCCUGCCUUUUUGGUCCACCUCACCACAAAAGCUCCAAGGUUUAUUAAUGUAAGUUUGAAUGGAUGCUUCUUUGGGGAAACUGCAGAAAUUAAUGGAAGUGUUUCAGAAAGGAAUGAGAAUGUUUCAGGAGUUGUUCUGUGAUGGAAAUUGGUCUGUUGUUCUGUUAAUGCUGAUGGAAAGAAACUUGCAGUGCUUAAUAAAAAUCUAUUCUUUUAGUAAAAAAAAAUUGUGAAAUAA